UGUGGCAGUUUGGGGUUGAUGUCAGGCUGCGUGGGAGACGGUGGAUGGUGCGCGCGUUUUUCCUCGGCGCGCCUCUGUAUCUUCCCUGAGAACGCGUGCGGCGCGUCACCAGAGCAGCCCUCAUCCACAGAGCAGCACAGACGCACAUUCUCCCCCGGACCUGUCUCAUCACAUUGCAUAAUAGCGACAAGCGAAGAUGCGUGAGUGUAUCUCUAUCCACGUCGGUCAGGCUGGUGUCCAGAUUGGCAAUGCCUGCUGGGAGCUGUACUGUCUGGAACAUGGGAUCCAGCCUGAUGGGCAGAUGCCCAGCGACAAAGCCAUCGGCGGUGGAGACGACUCCUUCAACACCUUCUUUAGUGAGACUGGAGCUGGAAAGCACGUCCCAAGAGCAGUUUUCGUGGACCUGGAGCCCACUGUCAUCGAUGAGGUCCGCACUGGGACGUACCGCCAGCUGUUCCACCCUGAGCAGCUGAUCACUGGGAAGGAAGACGCUGCCAACAACUACGCCCGCGGACACUACACCAUCGGUAAAGAGAUCAUCGACCUGGUGCUGGACAGGAUCCGCAAACUGGCUGACCAGUGCACAGGCCUGCAGGGCUUCCUGGUCUUCCACAGCUUCGGUGGAGGAACCGGUUCCGGUUUCACCUCCCUGCUGAUGGAGCGUCUCUCUGUGGACUACGGCAAGAAGUCCAAGCUGGAGUUCUCCAUCUACCCUGCUCCUCAGGUGUCCACCGCGGUGGUGGAGCCCUACAACUCCAUCCUGACCACCCACACCACCCUGGAGCACUCCGACUGCGCCUUCAUGGUGGACAACGAGGCCAUCUACGACAUCUGCCGCAGGAACCUGGACAUCGAGCGGCCCACCUACACCAACCUGAACAGGCUGAUCAGCCAGAUCGUGUCCUCCAUCACUGCCUCCCUGCGUUUCGACGGAGCCCUGAAUGUCGACCUGACGGAGUUCCAGACCAACUUGGUGCCGUACCCCCGCAUCCACUUCCCUCUGGCCACCUACGCCCCGGUCAUCUCCGCAGAGAAGGCGUACCACGAGCAGCUCUCGGUGGCCGAGAUCACGAACGCCUGCUUCGAGCCGGCCAAUCAGAUGGUGAAGUGUGACCCCCGCCACGGCAAGUACAUGGCCUGCUGCCUUCUGUACCGCGGCGACGUGGUGCCCAAGGACGUCAACGCCGCCAUCGCCACCAUCAAGACCAAGCGCUCCAUCCAGUUCGUGGACUGGUGUCCCACCGGCUUCAAGGUGGGCAUCAACUACCAGCCGCCCACGGUGGUCCCCGGCGGAGACCUCGCUAAGGUCCAGAGGGCCGUGUGCAUGCUGAGCAACACCACCGCCAUCGCAGAGGCCUGGGCCAGGCUCGACCACAAGUUUGACCUGAUGUACGCCAAGAGGGCCUUCGUGCACUGGUAUGUGGGCGAGGGGAUGGAGGAAGGGGAGUUCUCCGAGGCCAGGGAGGACAUGGCGGCUCUGGAGAAGGAUUACGAGGAGGUGGGAGUCGACUCGAUUGAGGGUGAGGGAGAGGAGGAGGGAGAGGAGUAUUAGAUGUAGUGUGAGAUUGAAUUGAAACAAGCACAUGUGCUAAGCUCCCAAGAUAAAUCAGAAGUUAAAUGUUGUUCCCCCUCACUCUGUUCAGAUUGUUUCGUGUCAUAUUGGAUCUCUAAUAAAGUUCUCCUAAAGUGCA